CCACUUAAAAUGGAGAACUAGGUGUAUACAGUUAUUACACUUGCAAUGUGUAAUGGCCAAGGAAAAAGGGACAUCCAAGUGUCUUCGUGUCUUCCUCGGAUGGCGCAACGGGGACACAGUCGCCUCCAAGGCAUUUUACCUCGCACGGGCCUGCGUUGCUGAGACGGUCGCGACAGCAAUCCACGUCUAUUUGUGCCUCUUGUGUAAAAUGACGGAUAACUUGGUGGCUAUUGCAUUGGUGAACGGGACUUCGAUAAGUUUUCUUGCUGUGGCCUUUGGAGAAAUCAGUGGUGCUCACAUGAAUCCUGCCAUUUCCCUCAGCAUUUGUAUCGCUGGACGGUUGCCCGUCCUAUUUUUCCCGUGUUACGUCAUCGCACAGCUAGCUGGAAGCAUCGUCGGCGCUAUUGCUGCUCGGAUCAUAGUUCAACCUAUACCCGCUCCCAUCACAACAGACUUAGUGACGGGGAACCACACCAUGUCAAUGUACAUGUACAUCAAAGGAGGAACUCACCACCCAGAGGUGGGGGUCGACAUUCUGCAUGCCAUUCUAGCUGAAGCUAUCAUCACUGCCAUACUCACCUUGACAGUCCUUAUUUCUGCCGUAGAUAGAGAACACAAAUCGCCCCUCGCACCACUCGCCAUUGGUUUUGCAGUCAUGAAUGGAAUAAUAGCUAAUCAAAAAACGACCGGUGGCUGCAUGAACCCUGCCCGAAGUUUCGGCCCAGCCGUCAUAUCCAUGGCUUAUUUUCCCAGCGUCUGGGACAAGCACUACAUCUAUUGGGCGGGUCCAAUGACAGGAAGCAUAGCGGCAACAAUCUUAUAUUGGAUAAUAUUCGCGAGUACCACAAACCGGGAGGAGUAUGCUGUGGUACCACACAGGAAGGGGUCGCCGGCGGGGGAGUUGGAAGACUCGGAUGAGGAGGGAGAUGAUGGUCACGCGAUAGGCCUGAACAUGCACACACAAACAGAGCGGACGUGGGGCUCCAGAGAAUCAUCAGAAGGAAGUUUAUUGUAGGACUAAUUCAGAGAAAAAAACCCGGAUUAUGUGAUUUGUCAGAAAAAGUGGUGCUACAACAUUUUUUUGACGGUCAGCCAUAGUAAGAUUAUAGGCCCCAGUAGAUUUCCAUGCAGUCUUUUUCGUCUUCCUGAUCGCCUACCUUAUGGUGACAGGAAACAUUGCGUUGUGCCCGGUGGCUAAAUGAAGUAACAUUUCAUCUGAAAGUCCUUUUGGUCCAACUUUUAGUCACCCUGGCAUAACCAGUGGUUUUCAAUAUACUCCGCCUGUAAAUAUUUCCUUGACUAUGUAUAACCCGACCUCCUUGCCGACGUACCGGCGUUGUUCUUCUGUCUUUAACACCUUCAGCGCCGGUGUUUCGCCCCCCCCCCCAACACCCCCUUUUCAGACCCCAGAAAAAAAGUAUAAGAGAUGGCUGCAUAAGGUCUUUUGCAGUAACUUCUCCAAGACAAGGUGUUCUUGAAUCAAUAGAGUUAUGUUAGCUACACUCCUUUACUAUAUUUUAUUUUUUGGUCGAAAAAAGGACCAACAAUGACCAAAAUGACCCCGCUUUCCAACACCCCCCCCCCCCCACCCCCGAAAGGUUCCCGGUGUCGGAACAGCUUUUUUUUGUAAUUCAGUGGCUUGGUCUUUUCAGUUCUUCCCUUGCCCUGAAGAUGGCGAUGGCGUAGUUCUUUCAUGAAGUCCAUGAGACUCCGAUAACCAGCUCAAAGCGGGGGGGGGGGCGGGGGGGAUUUGGCCCACGUCGAUCUACGUGGUUCAGCGCUGAAGGUGUAAAGUCUCUUUCUUCACCACCUAUUACCAAAACCUUGCUGUCCCCACGACUACAUCCUCGAUUACCAGAGGAUCAGUUGCAUGCUCCUCCCCUUGCACGCAAGGUUGGUAAGUGCCGAGUGAAAGGCCCUGAAGCUCAUGAUCUCCGUCCACGGCUCGAUGUGCAGCCAAUCAGAUCAUUGAUCGGCAACCUGCCAAAUUUGCUAUGAAAUAGUGAUAAUGAUAAUAAUAAUAAUAAUAAUAAGACGGCGCCUCAUGCUAUAACUUAUUGUAAAUACAUUGUAUUGUUUUAAUCAAUAAACAUAUAUCUGAAAUAUCAUUGCGAU